AUGAGUUUUGCUCGCGAUGAAAUCAUUGUCCCGUGUACAAACGUUCAAUUGGACACCCCGACGAGAAUCAAUGAGCUGCGACAUGCCAUUAGCUCCAGUCAUCUGAUGAAUUCUGUGCAUAACCUGCAUGAACUAAUCGAUCAAUUAUUUAGUUUCGUCAAAAACAGCCGAAGGACCGAUGUAGCUAACAUCCAAGACCUUCUGGAGGGUGGCAAGGAAAUCAAGAUCUAUGAAGGAUGUCCCUGGUCCAAUUACAAGGCCGUCAAAACAUUGGACUGGUCUGCCUAUGAUGAAAUUGUUGCUUCGUCCAUCUCUAUCAUGCAGAUAUAUCAUCUGCUGACAUUGGAGGCCCUCGAAAUACAAUACAGCUCGAACGAUCUCGCUGACGACGCGUGGAGAAAAUUAUCUAAUAUGCUUAAGAGCGCAUUUGGGCUUGCGAUUGAAUUUCGGGAUCAGGUGUCUGAAUUGCAUCGACCGCACUUUGAUUACAUUUAUCAUCUGAACCAGAUAAUGGUGCAACUUUUAGUUGUAUUCAAGAAUAUCCACGUGACACAUAAAGAGAUCGAGGCCAGAUUUGGUGAUUUUGAUCAAGUUCCGGAAAAACUGAAUACUUAUGCUCGCAUACUGAUAUUUGUCUACAAUGAAUGCGCAGUUCUGGAACAACUGAGGAAAUCUUCGCAAGUUGGGACUUUGAGGAGUUUUGUGGAAAUUCUGUUUUCAUACUACAGAAGCCUAUCCUACUAUCACAAGAAUGAGCUGGGAAUAGCCCUCGGUAUCAGCACAUAUGGUCUUGCCAAAAGUAUUGAUCAAUCCAAGAUCAGAUCGAAGUUGCACAUCAAGGCGAGAAAAACCAAUGUUAAAGACAAGCACCUUUGGAGGGAAGAAAUCAGGUUUGUAAGAGAAUUUCAAAAUUCAGCAUUCCCACCUGCAUUCCGACAGAAUAUCUCAACUGUAGUUGAAUUAUUACGCAUUUUAAAUUCCAAGUACGAGAAACUCAACAAUAGCAUCAAUUUCCAGAAAGUGCCUUCCCCUGAAGAGGUGAAACAAGAAUACCUGUUCAAUUCUGCAGACUUGCCGUCUGGACUUCAAGUGCCACUGGUAGACAUUAAUCGUUUCAUCCCAACAUGUCUGGUGGAGAGCACUAACGUACAAGGUUCUUAUUUUUGA